AUGUAUACUGCGUAUAAACCAAUAUCUAAACCAAUACAAUUAUACAAACCAAUUUACGUUGCACGUGAGUCGUACUUCUCCGAUUAUAUGUUAGACGCGUCGUUUGAGAAGGACGAUGAGUUCGAAUUUAUAGCGAAUGCAGAUGCAUAUUCGGUUCAAGAUGAGAAAGAACUCAUUUUAAAACAUUUACGUACAUUUAAGACUAUCUGUGUAAAAAGCUCACUCGUUCAAGAGGAUCAUAAAACACCUCUGAGACUAGGUGUUCGCGACCGUGGUAUUGUCGAAUGUUGUUUGAUGAAGAAUAUACGAACUUCAUAUUUGAUACGUUAUAGUAGUAUAGAUGAGAAAGCGUAUGUGCUGAGUGUGAAUCAAUCGAGGGAUCAUAAAGAUACACUGCCGACACAUUACGUUAUUAGAGUCAAUAAACAAAAUAACUGCUUUUAUCUCGCUCAUGAAAGUAAGUUACGUCACUACUUUUUUCCAACAUUUCGAAAGCUAGUUCAGCAUCCGAAAAUACUGGAAAAAAUACAGUUAUCGCGUCCUAUCGCUCGACGAUGGAUUACAGAUGAAGAUGCUAUAUGGCGAAUUGAUUUUAAUGAGCUGAACAUUGAAGCGCCUGCUGGCGGGUUUGCAUGGUGGGAAAUGAAAAAUAGUCCUCAACCGGUCGAAGUAAAUAUUCGAAAAUUCAAUACAUCAGGUGAAUUUUCUCUCAAGAUUGAUGUUAUAAAAAACGUACGACAUGCGAAUCUUGUUGCAUUUUAUGGAUUGUGCUGGGAUCCUAAAGCAAAUGAAACACUGAUUGUAACAGAAUACAUGUCAGGCGGAGAUUUAAAAACGUGGUUGGAGAAGGCAAGCUCAUUGCCUACAAGGGAAAUAUUAAACAACUUUUGUUUACAAAUAAGUCGUGGCAUGGCUUAUUUGGAACGCUGCAAUCAGUUUCAUGGAGAUUUAAGAUGCAAGAAUAUCUUGGUCAAAGGUGAAUUACAUGAAGCAUUAUUACUAAAAAUUGCAAAUUAUGGAUCAGCAAUGCGAAAUGCGACGUCUAAUUUACAACGAGAAUCGGCUCCAGAAAUCUUUAAAAACCAGGAGGGUACAAUAAAGUCCGAUAUUUGGUCGUUUGCUAUCUCUAUGACAGUCAUGUGGAAAAAAGGACAAGAUGCUUAUACCGGAAUGUCAUUUGAAGCUCUUAAACAACACAUGAAAUCAAACAAGCCAUACGUACUCAUGUGUCCGCCGUCCUGUCCACGUGCAUACUACGAUAACAUUAUACAAGUAUGUUUACGGCAACAGCAAGAGCUGCGACCAACGUUCGCCCAAUUAGUGAAUGUGUUUAAACGGAUCCGUGACAAAAAGGCGUUCGAAACGGCAGAUAUUCAAAGCUACUAUAACACAGAUUUGUCUUCUGCGUAUGCUCCACUGAUUUCCGUUUCAAAGAGAGCUCCACCUCCUCCUCCAGUUAACGCACUAUCUACUAAGACAAAUACAUACUUAUAUCGCGAAGCGCCCCCAAUAUCUCCUGAAUCUGCUCCUUCGCCCACGAUAAUCACAGAGGACAGUUCUAGUCUAUAUGAAAUGGUUUAUUUACCUUUUCAACAACGGACCCAAUCACCACAGCAGUCUACGAUUGAUACACUAACAAAUGAGUUAACCGAUCGUUGUUUUUUUUAG